UCUCAGUGUUGAGUUGCCCAUGCCGAGGUGAGGUCGGCCAGGAAAGACACUGAAGAGUCUAAGAAAAUAUAAAUAGAACAACGAGCAACAGUACAUAGACAAUUAGAAGCGAACCGAGAUUACGAAUACAUAAUAAACGCGUAGUGUAGUGUGAACAUUCUUCCCAUGUACCGGUGGUAAAUACGGUCCAAACCAGUGAAACUUAAUUUAGGAAUUUCGCAUGUGCUUGCACCUAUCCAACUGCUGAGAGAGAGACACUCGAAUUCAAGGGCGAUGUUGAUACGAUUACAGGCGGCCCUGGCGGUCGUCCUCCUGGUCGUUCUCAGGAUUUCUUCGACUCAGGAAACGGCGAAUCUAUUCACAUGUCCAAACGGAUGGGAACUUAGAGGACUGCACUGUUACAAAUUUUUCAACAUACGACAUUCGUGGGAGAAGGCCGCGGAAUUGUGCAGAAGGUAUGGAAGUGACUUGAUGUCCGUGGAAUCCUUCACCGAAAAUAAUUUGACUGCUUCGAUUGCGAUGUCCGCCGUGUCCGGUGACCGUCGUGGAGUAAACCACUAUUGGCUGGGUUUAGCCUCUUUGGACGACCUGAAGACUAACACCCUGGAGUCAGCUGCUGGUACUCUGGUCUCCCAAUACUCAGGAUUCUGGUCGCUGCAGCAGCCGGAUCCAAAAGCCGGAGAGUGCGUCGACGUGACGCUUUCAGAGGAAAAGCAAUCCUGGGAGUUGUCCACUUGCGAGAGUCUCCUUCCGUUCAUGUGCAGAGCCAAAGCCUGUCCAUCCGGCUCUUACCACUGCUCAAACGGAAACUGCAUUAACGAAGCAUUCCGUUGCGAUAAGCAAGAUGACUGCGGCGACUUCUCCGACGAAAUCGAUUGUCCUUCCAAUUGCAACUUCUAUUUGGCCAGCAGCGGUGACGUAGUUGAAAGCCCUUACUAUCCGCAGAAGUACGCGCCUUUGACCAACUGCAAAUGGACGUUGGAAGGUCCACAAGGACAUAACAUCUUACUUCAAUUCCAAGAAUUCGAAACAGAGAAAACCUUCGAUACCGUGCAAAUCUUAGCUGGCGGAAGGACCGAGGAUACUUCCAUCAAUUUGGCCACGCUCUCAGGAAAACCUGAUCUCACAAAUAGAUCUUUUGUCUCGGCCUCUAAUUUUAUGAUUGUUAAGUUCAGUACCGAUGCUUCUGUUGAACGCAAAGGCUUUAGGGCUUCAUGGAAGACUGAACCUCAGAAUUGCGCUGGUAAUUUGAGAGCCACACCACAGGGUCAAGUGUUGUCUUCUCCUGGUUACCCAGAUCAAUACCCAGGUGGUUUAGAGUGUUUGUACUUGAUUCAAGCACAAACUGGAAGAAUUAUCACUUUGGAAAUCGACGAUUUAGAUUUGGACGAAAGCAGAGAUUACAUUCUAGUCAGAGAUGGCGAUUCUCCUAAAAGCCAACCCAUUGCUAGGUUAACAGGAGAUUUGGAGAACAACCAAAGGAUCAUUAUGUCUACCAGCAACCAACUUUAUUUGUACUUUAAGACUAGUUUAGGUGACUCCAAACGAGGAUUUAGAAUUCGCUAUACACAAGGGUGCAAAGCUACGAUUAUUGCCAAAAAUGGAACCCUAAACUCGCCAGCAUACGGUUUAACCAACUAUCCAAGCAACCAAGAAUGCAUGUACAAGAUUAGGAACCCAGGAGGAGGACCUUUGUCUCUAAACUUUGAUAAUUUUGAUGUAGAUAAAUCCGAUUUUGUUCAGGUUUAUGAUGGUCCUACCACUAGUGGAUUAAGGUUGCAUGCAGGAAACGGGUUCACUUUUGGGGUUGCCCCUAAAAUCACCUUAACAGCUUCCAGUGGUGAAAUGUUGGUGCGUUUCGCAACAGAUGCGUUGCAUAACAGCAAAGGUUGGAACGCGAUCUUCUCGGCGGAUUGUCCACCGUUGAAGCCUGGUUUCGGCGCAUUGGCGUCCAACAGAGAGACCGCUUUUGGUACGGUGGUGACUUUCACUUGCCCCAAUGGCCAGGAAUUCUCGACAGGCCGUCAACGCAUUACCACGCAAUGUCUGCCCAGUGGUAAUUGGUCGAUCACUUACAUUCCGAAUUGCCAAGAAGUCUAUUGCGGCCCAGUUCCUCAGAUCGAUAAUGGUUUCUCUACUGGAUCUACUAAUGUCACAUACAGAGGUCAGGCGACGUACCAGUGUUACGCCGGUUUCGCUUUCUCCACGGGUCAACCCAACGAGAAGAUCUCUUGCCUCUCCGAUGGUAGAUGGGAAAAGAAACCUGCUUGCUUGGCUUCACAAUGCGUCGCUCUGUCGGAAGUACCUCACGCUAACGUUACCAUUCUGAAUGGAUUAGGGCGCAGCUACGGCACCAUUGUCAGGUUCGAAUGCGAGCCGGGUUACAUAAGAACCGGUCAUCCGGUUAUUCUUUGCAUGAGCAAUGGCACCUGGUCCGGAGACGUUCCCACCUGCACAAGAGCCAGAUGUCCAGAAUUCCCAGAGAUCAAAAACGGAUUCAUCAGUGAUACUUCGAGAAACUACCAUUUCAACGAUGAAGCCCGAGUCCAAUGUUACAAAGGUUACAAAUUAAUUGGUAACAGCGUCUUGCGUUGCGGCGAAAACCAGAUGUUCAACAAUCCACCCAGGUGCGAAGAUAUCAACGAAUGCACAAAUAGCCAAUGCGAUGUAGCAUCCACUGAAUGCGUAAAUGCUCCAGGCUCGUUCUCUUGUAAAUGUCGCAAAGGUUUUGCACCAACAUUUGCCUGCAGACCUUCUGAUCUAGGCCUCAUGAACGGAGGAAUAGCCGAUGAAGCCAUUACCGUUUCAAGCACCGAAGAGGGUUACACCAAGGGCAUGGUUCGUUUGAAUAAUAACGUAGUUAUGGGUUGGUGCGGAGAAAGCUCCGAGCCGGCCACCAACUACGUGAUCAUUGACUUGAAAGCACCGACCGUCGUAACCGGAUUCAAGACAAUCUCCGUACUGAGACCAGAUGGAACUUACGCCUUUACAUCCGCAGUCAGGAUCCAAUACACCGAUGAUCUAACCGAUGUUUUCAAGGACUACAGACAAGGAAACGAUGGUACGGCGGUUGAGUUCAGAAUUCUGGAACCAACUCUAUCUAUUCUGAAUCUUCCGAAACCGAUCGAGGCGCGAUACAUCAAGUUUAAAGUACAAGAUUACAAAGUUGCGCCUUGCAUGAAAUUGGAAAUUAUGGGUUGCACUAGAUUGGAAUGUGCCGAUAUUAACGAAUGCGCCGUUAAUAAUGGUGGCUGCUCGCAGAAAUGUAUAAAUAAUCCUGGCGAUUAUACAUGCAAUUGCAACGUGGGUUAUAAUCUUUAUACUCAAAAUGGAACUUCCUCCUACUAUAUCGAAGAUAGCGAAAAUGGUCUCAGAGACGGUGACGGUAGACAAAUCAACAAAACUUGUGUCCCAGUUAUGUGCCCUGCCGUAACGCCUCCAGAAAAUGGAAUAGUUUUAUCCACAAAAGAAAACUAUUAUUUCGGCGAUUUGGUUAAAUUCCAAUGUGACUUUGGAUACGAAAUGACAGGUUCCCCAGCUCUCAUCUGCACAUCCACUGGGGCUUGGAAUGGUUCCAUACCUGAAUGCAAAUAUGCUAAAUGCUUCUCCCUACCUGAUGACAAAGCCGAAGGUCUUAAAGUAUUGAAAGCCGACCAAACCAACGAAUUCAUACCGUUCAAGAGCAAUAUCACUUUGAACUGCGACAACACCGGAAGGCAAUUACGUAAAACAGCGUCCUCAGGUUUCAGACAGUGCGUUUACGAUCCAAAGCCAGGUUUACCUUCUUAUUGGUUAAGUGGAGCUUUGCCGACUUGUCCACGCGCCGAUUGUGGUCCACCACAACCAACACCAGGAGCUGAAUACGGAAAAUUUAUAGACACCAAGUAUCAAUCGUCAUUCUUCUUCGGAUGUCAAAACACCUUCAAAUUGGCCGGACAGAGUAACAAGCACGAUAAUGUUGUUAGGUGUCAAGCGAACUCCGUUUGGGACUUUGGUGAUUUGAGAUGCGAAGGACCAGUCUGUGAGGAUCCGGGUAGACCGAGCGAUGGUGUCCAAGUUGCAAGGAGUUAUGAGCAAGGAUCUGAAGUAUCUUUUGGCUGCAACAGACCUGGUUACAUAUUGAUAAACCCGCGACCGAUUACUUGCAUUAGAGAACCAGAAUGUAAGGUGGUGAGACCUCUGGGUUUGGCUUCUGGAAAGAUUCCUGAUUCGGCUAUUAAUGCGACCAGCGAGCGUCCCAACUACGAAGCUAGAAAUAUUCGUUUAAAUUCAGUUACCGGAUGGUGUGGUAAACAAGAGGCUUUCACUUAUGUGAGCGUUGACUUAGGAAAAGUUUACCGCGUCAAAGCUAUUUUGGUAAAGGGCGUAGUCACCAACGAUAUAGUUGGUAGACCUACUGAGAUUAGGUUUUUCUACAAACAAGCUGAGAACGAGAAUUAUGUUGUGUACUUCCCCAACUUCAAUUUGACGAUGCGCGAUCCCGGCAAUUAUGGCGAAUUGGCUAUGAUUUCUUUACCAAAAUACGUGCAGGCAAGAUUCGUUAUCUUAGGUAUUGUCAGUUAUAUGGACAACGCUUGUUUGAAGUUCGAACUGAUGGGUUGCGAUGAACCUAAUGAUGAGCCUUUGCUCGGAUACGAUUAUGGAUACUCUCCUUGUGUCGAUAACGAAACUCCUGUUUUCCAAAACUGCCCACAACAACCAAUUGUUGUUCAAAAAGAUGCCAAUGGCGGUCUAUUACCUGUUAACUUCACCGAACCUACAGCUGUUGAUAACUCCGGUAGCAUUGCCAGGUUGGAAGUAAAACCGCAGAACUUCAAAACGCCAAUGUAUGUGUUCGAAGAUACAGUCGUGAAAUAUGUAGCGUUUGAUUACGAUGGAAACGUUGCCAUCUGCGAGAUCAACAUCACCGUUCCGGAUAACACUCCACCACAAUUGAGUUGCCCGCAGAGUUACGUAAUUGAAUUGGUCGAUAAGCAAGAUAGUUACGCUGUCAACUUCAAUGAGACCAGAAGGAGGAUUAACGCCACUGAUGCUAGCGGCGAAGUUCAACUGACAUUCAUUCCUGAUAGAGCCACAAUUCCUAUUGGUAAUUUUGAAAACGUAACUGUUGUUGCUGCUGAUAAAUACGGGAACAAAGCUACGUGCCACUUCCAAGUCUCGGUGCAAGCUACUCCGUGCGUCGAUUGGGAAUUGAAAUCACCUGCAAAUGGAGUUUUAACCUGCUUAGAAGGUGAUCGAGGAUUACAGUGUAUCGCCAAGUGCAAUGAUGGAUAUAGAUUCACUGAUGCCGAACCAAUUAAAACGUUCAGUUGCGAUUCCAAAACACCAUGGAGACCAACUGCUGUUGUGCCAGAUUGUGUAUCUGAAGACACCCAACAAGCAGAUUAUCAUGUCGUUGGUAGCUUAAGCUACCGUGCCAAUGGAGCCGUAGGAAGCUCCUGCCUGUCGCAAUACACUGAUUUAAUAGCACAAUACUAUACAUCACUUAACGAAAUGCUCUCGCAACGUUGCUCCGCCGUUAAUGUCAACAUGAAAGUCACUUUCGUUAAAGCUAUUCCUAAGUUAGUGGAAGAAAAUAUCGUGAGGAUUGAUUACAGCAUGGCCGUGGUACCAAUCAUCAGGCAAUCUCAACUUUACGAGCUGUGCGGAUCGACGCUCAAAUUGAUCUUCGAUCUAUCCGUACCUCAUGCAAGCGCAGUAAUUGAACCAUUACUCAACAUUUCCUCAAUCGGUAACCAGUGUCCGCCGCUCCGAGCAUUAUCUUCCAACAUAUCAACCGGAUUUAUCUGUAAUGUUGGAGAAGUUUUGAAUAAUAGCACAAGCAAUGUACCGCGAUGCCUGCAUUGUCCAGCUGGAACUUUUGCCGGAGAACACCAACAGAAAUGUACUUACUGUCCAAAAGGCUUCUAUCAGAACUCCGAUCGUCAAGGCUCUUGUUUGAGAUGUCCAAGCGGAACUUACACUAGGGAUCAAGGCUCAAAGAGCAUUUCAGAUUGUGUCCCGGUUUGUGGAUUUGGAACAUACUCCCCAACUGGAUUGGUGCCUUGCUUGGAAUGUCCAAGAAACAGCUACACCGGAGAACCACCUACUGAUGGGUACAAGGACUGCCAAGCGUGUCCUGCCAACACAUUCACCUAUCAACCGGCUGCACCUGGGAAAGAUAGAUGUAGACCAAAGUGCGCUCCGGGUCAAUACUCCGCCACAGGUUUGGCUCCAUGCUCAAUGUGCCCAAGAGACUUCUUCCAAACACUCCACGGUCAAACUACCUGCAAGGAAUGCCCAACCAAUAUGAAAACUGAUAGUCCUGGAUCAAUCAGCAGAGAAGAUUGCCAGCCAAUUCAGUGCACCGAAAGCGCAUGCCAACACGGAGGACUUUGCGUACCCAUGGGUCACGGAAUACAAUGCUUCUGCCCUGCUGGUUUCUCGGGACGUCGUUGCGAAAUCGACAUAGACGAGUGUUCUUCUCAGCCUUGCUACAAUGGAGCAACCUGUAUCGAUCAACCUCAAGGUUAUAGAUGUAAAUGUGCCCCUGGAUAUUCUGGAAUCAAUUGCCAGGAAGAAGGAAGCGAUUGCAGAAACGACACUUGCCCAGAAAGAGCUAUGUGCAAGGAUGAACCUGGAGUCAACAAUUACACUUGUCUUUGCCGUUCGGGUUAUACUGGAAUCGAUUGUGAUAUCACAAUUGAUCCAUGCUCUGCUAAUGGAAAUCCUUGCAACAACGGAGCAAACUGCGUGGCGCUGCAACAAGGAAGAUUCAUGUGCGAAUGUUUACCUGGAUGGGAAGGCCAAACUUGCGAAAUUAAUACAGAUGAUUGCGCAGAGCAGCCUUGUUUAUUGGGAGCUAAUUGCACCGAUUUGGUAGCAGACUUUAGCUGCGAUUGUCCUUCCGGAUUCACCGGAAAACGUUGCCAAGAGAAGGUCGAUCUGUGCAGCAGGAAUCCUUGUAUCAAUGGAAAUUGCGUCGAUAAGUUGUUCUAUCAUCAAUGCGUCUGUAACCCAGGUUGGAGCGGAGAAGCUUGCGAUGUUAACAUUAACGAUUGCAAUCCUGAUCCUUGCAUGAACGGCGCCGUGUGCGUCGAUGGAGUCGAUGAUUUCUCAUGCACAUGCGAACCUGGAUUCACUGGAAAACGUUGUCAGCAUACCAUUGACUACUGUUCUUCCGAACCAUGCCAGAACGGCGGCUCGUGCACCGAUCAAGUCGAUGGAUUUACGUGCAAAUGCAGACCAGGUUUUGUCGGACUCCAAUGCGAAGUGGAUUUCAACGAGUGCUCAAGCGAUCCUUGUAAUCCAGUUGGAACAGAAAAUUGCGUAAACUUAGAUAACAAUUUCAAAUGCAUGUGCCGGGAAGGAUUCACAGGAACUUUCUGUGAAGAGAAUAUCGAUGAUUGCAAAUCUGAACCUUGCCUGAACGGAGGUUCUUGCAGAGACGAAGUUGGCAAUUACAAAUGCUUAUGUCCGCAAGGUUGGAGCGGAAAGAACUGCGAAAAGGAUAUCGGAACGUGCCAAAGUAAACCAUGCCAGAACGACGCUAAGUGCAUAAAUUUGUUCCAAGACUUCUUCUGUGUGUGUCCAUCUGGAACUGAUGGCAAACAAUGCGAAACUGCCCCAGAACGUUGCAUUGGCAAUCCGUGCAUGCACGGAGGAAAAUGUCAAGAUUUUGGUUCAGGUUUGAACUGUUCUUGUCCAUAUGGUUUUGCUGGAAUUGGCUGCGAAUACGAAUAUGAUGCUUGCCAAUCUAACGACUGCAAGAAUGGAGCAACUUGCACCAAUCACGGAAGCGGAUUCCAAUGCGUUUGUCCACCCGGAUACACAGGCACUUUCUGCGAGGAAGAUAUUGUAGAUUGUAAAGAGAACUCUUGUCCACCAAGUGCCACAUGCAUUGACCUCACUGAGAAGUUUUACUGUCAAUGUCCAUUCAACUUGACCGGAGAAGACUGCAGAAAAACUAUUUCCGUCGAUUAUGAUAUGUUCUUCAGUGACGCUACUAGGAGUUCGGCUGCUCAAGUUAUUCCAUUCUACACGGGAUCCAAGUCUAGUUUGACCAUAGCCAUGUGGGUUCAAUUUACCGAAAAAGACGAAAACGGAAUAUUCUUUACUUUGUAUGGAGUUUCUUCCAAGCAUAUGCCUAACGAUAGGAGGGCUAUGGUUCAAGCUCAUUCAAGCGGUGUACAAAUAUCCUUGUUCCCGGACAUUCAAGACGUCUAUUUGAGUUACCGUGACUAUACCACCAUCAAUGACGCCCAAUGGCAUCAUAUUGCUAUAAUGUGGGACGGAGAAAACGGCGGAGAAUUGAAGCUCAUCACCGAAGGUUUAAUCGCAAGCAAAGUUGACGGUUACGGAAGCGGAAGGAAACUACCAGAAUAUGGUUGGGUUACUCUGGGUAAGCCGCGUUCAGGAAAUCCUAAAGGAUACACCGAAAACGGAUUCCAAGGACAUUUGACCAAGGUCCAAAUAUGGGGCCGUGCUCUUGAUGUAACUAAUGAAAUCCAGAAGCAGGUACGCGAUUGUAGAACUGAACCAGUUCUUUAUCGCGGAUUGGUUUUGACUUGGGCUGGAUACGAAGACACCACGGGCGGAGUGGAGCGUAUAGUACCAUCACACUGCGGACAAAGAAAUUGUCCUUCUGGUUACUCCGGUCCUAAAUGCCAAAACUUGGAAGUUGAUAAGAUUGCGCCAAAGGUGGAAUAUUGCCCUGGAGAUUUAUGGGUCAUUGCUAAGAAUGGUUCUGCAAUCGUAGCAUGGGACGAACCUCAUUUCAGCGAUAAUGUAGGAGUUGUUAAAAUUCAGGAGAAGAAUGGACACAGACCCGGACAGACCUUGUUGUGGGGUGUCUAUCAAAUCGCAUACGUUGCUUCUGACGCCGCUGGAAAUACAGCUAUGUGCACUUUCAAGGUUUCCUUGCUAUCUGAAUUUUGCCCUGAACUUCCCGAUCCAAUCGGUGGUCUUCAAACGUGCAAAGAUUGGGGCGCGGGUGGUCAAUUCAAGGUUUGCGAAAUUGGCUGCAAUCCUGGUUUAAGAUUCUCCCAAGAUGUUCCGAAGUUCUACACCUGCGGCGGCGAAGGUUUCUGGAGGCCCACUUCAAAUCCGACACUUCCGAUGGUGUAUCCUGCUUGCUCAGCUUCCAAACCGGCUCAAAGAGUAUUCAAGAUAAAUAUGCUGUUCCCAAGUUCAGUGCUCUGCAAUGAAGCAGGUCAAGGUGUACUCAGGCAGAAGGUGCGCAACGCAGUAAACGGUCUGAAUCGCGAUUGGAACUUCUGCUCUUUCUCCAUCGAGGGUACCAGAGAGUGUAAGGAUUUGGCCAUCGAUAUUUCUUGCGAUCACAGGUCCAACAGAGUUACGCGCCAAGUGAACAACAAUAAUAACGAGGAAGAGGAUGGUGGUACUUACGUUAUCGAAGCCCAAGUUCCAGUUCAACCAAAUAACCGCCAAGGACGGCAGCAUACGAGUGACACAUACAACAUUGAAAUCUCCUUCCCGGCCAUCAACGAUCCUGUGAUCAACUCCAACACCAACGAGCGCUCCAACGUGCAAAGGCUUCUGGAGAUGUUAAUCCUGGAGGAGGAUCAAUUCGACGUAAGGGAUAUUCUUCCAAACACCGUUCCAGAUCCAUCUUCAUUGGUAUUGGAAUCAGAUUACGCUUGCCCCGUGGGUCAAGUGGUUAUGGCACCUGAUUGCGUACCAUGCGCAAUUGGAACGUACUACGAGAAGAACUCAAAGAAAUGUAUUGCUUGUCCUUUGGGAAGCUACCAAAGCGAGUCGGGUCAAUUGCAAUGUAUUUCAUGUCCAGCUAUUGCCGGCAGACCAGGUGUUACAGUUAGUCUUGGUGCGAGAAGUGCAGCAGAUUGCAAAGAACGUUGCCCAGCUGGUAAAUACUACGACGACGGGGCUGGUCUCUGCAGAAGCUGCGGCCACGGUUUCUAUCAACCUGAAGAGGGUGCUUUCUCAUGCAACAUUUGUGGAUUGGGUAAAACGACCAGGACAAACGAGGCUGUUUCCGCUAAGGAAUGUCGCGAUGAGUGCUCCAGUGGAAUGCAAUUGGCUUUGGAUGGUAAAUGUGAGCCUUGUCCAAGAGGUUCAUUUAGGAUGCAGGGAGUCCAAGCCGCUUGCGAGAGCUGCCCGCUUGGAAGAACUACUCCAAAGAGCGGUGCUUCCAGCAUUGAAGAAUGCUCGCUUCCAGUUUGCACACCGGGAACAUACUUGAAUGGUACUUUGAAUAGUUGCAUCCCUUGCAAAAAGGGAUGGUAUCAACCAGAAACCCAACAAACGACUUGCGUACAAUGCCCGCCAAAUACAAGCACCAAAGGAACAGCUGCUACAAGCAAAGCUGAAUGUACGAAUCCUUGCGAGAUGCACGGUCCAGAGAUGCACUGCGACACCAACGCUUAUUGCCUCUUGAUCCCCGAUACCAGUGAGUUCAGGUGCGAAUGUAAGCCAGGCUUCAACGGAACUGGAAAGGUCUGCAUGGACAUCUGCGACGGUUUCUGCGAGAAUGAAGGACACUGCGUGAAGGACGUUCGAGGACAACCCUCGUGCAGAUGUAUUGGCAGCUUUACAGGAAAACAUUGCGCUGAAAAAUCAGAGUUCGCCUACAUUGCCGGAGGAAUCGCUGCUUCGGUGAUCCUGAUCAUCUUUAUCGUGCUGUUGAUCUGGAUGAUUUGCGCCAGAGCCAACAGAAGGAGAGAACCUAAGAAGCUCCUGACACCAGCCACAGAUCAAAACGGAUCUCAGGUUAACUUCUACUACGGUGCUCCGACUCCGUACGCUGAAAGCAUUGCCCCGAGCCAUCAUUCCACCUACGCCCAUUACUACGAUGACGAAGAGGAUGGUUGGGAAAUGCCAAACUUCUACAACGAGACUUACAUGAAGGAGAGUUUACAUAAUGGCGUCAAUGGCGGAAAGAUGAACAGCCUGGCAAGAUCAAACGCCAGCAUAUAUGGAAAGGAAGACUUGUACGACAGACUGAAGCGUCACGCCUACCCUGGAAAGAAAGAUAAAAGUGAUAGUGACAGUGAAGUAGGCCAAUGAAACAAACCAGCAACAACCAUGAACUUAUCCGACACACUUUUAUAAUUAUAUAUAUAUAUUAGGUAUAUAUAAAUAAAUUUUCCAACGAUCACCCAUGUUCAUGCUAUCACCAAUUUCUGGUCAAUACUUCUUCAUGCUCAAAACAUAUUUAGAAUCGAAAGCACUGCCGCGGCGAACUCAAAAAAAAAAAUUUUUUUUUCAUUAUUCACGAACCCGUUUUUAUUGACACAUCGUUUAUGAUAAAAAUUGAUUCCUGAAUGAGCA